UAUAAUAUUUAUUAUUAUAAAUAUUAUCUCUAUAUAAUUACUCACAAUCGCUGCUCAUUCUCUCAAAGCUCUUCUCAUCACUCUCACCUUCUUCCUUCUCGUCUCAAUUUCCAUAUCUCCUUUCUCCAAUUGGAUUGAAUUGGUGAUGGACAUCAUGGAUCGACUAAAUUCUUCUCCGCGGUUGAUGCUUGUUUCGGAUCUCGAUCACACGAUGGUUGAUCAUCAUGACCCGGAGAAUAGUUCACUUUUAAGGUUCAAUGCGCUUUGGGAAGCUUAUUAUCGCCAAGAUUCUCUGCUGGUGUUUUCAACUGGGAGGUCGCCUACACUCUACAAACAACUGAGGAAAGAGAAGCCUAUGAUAACUCCUGAUAUAGCUAUUAUGUCUGUGGGGACUGAGAUUACUUAUGGGAGAUCAAUGGUGCCUGAUGAUGGAUGGGUUCAGUUUUUGAACCAGAAAUGGGAUAAGAACAUAGUCAUUGAGGAAACAAGCAAAUUUCCUGAACUUAAGCCUCAGGCAGAAACAGAACAACGGCCGCACAAGGUCAGCUUUUAUGUUCAGAAAGACAAGGCUAAGAGUGUAACACAGGCUCUUUCUAAGGUUUUGGAAGAGCGUGGGUUGAAUGUUAAAAUAAUAUACAGUGGAGGUAUUGAUUUGGAUGUAUUACCAAAUGGUGCUGGCAAAGGUCAAGCUCUUGCCUAUCUGCUCAAAAAGUUUGAGACCGAGGGAAAACCACCACUUAACACUCUUGCUUGUGGUGAUUCUGGAAAUGAUGCCGAGCUGUUCAGCAUUCCGGGAGUGUAUGGAGUCAUGGUAAGCAAUGCCCAAGAGGAGUUGUUGCAGUGGCAUUCAGAAAAUGCAAAAGAUAACCCCAAGAUUCUCCAUGCCUCAGAGCGUUGUGCAUCUGGCAUAAUAGAAGCCAUUGGUCAUUUUAAGUUAGGCCAAAACCUGUCCUCAAGAGAUGUUUCAGACAGUAGACAAGAAAAUUUAUCUCCAUAUCUUGAAAUAGUGAAUUUUGCUUUGUUACUUGAAAAGUGGAGGCGUGCAGAAGUUGAGAAUUCCGAGCUGUUUAUUGCUGGUAUAAAGGCAACAGUUGUAUGUCUGAUAUCCUUUAUCUUUACAAAUUACCUAUUGUGUGUUCUAUUUGUGUAUGCAGACUACCGAGCAUGUGAAAAACUAUCCAAAUUAACUCCAUUUUACCAAAUCAUUUUCUUUUCAAAUGAAGUGUAUACCCUUUUCUCUGCAUUAUUUCUAUAUUCUUAUUUCAUGGACUAACAAGUUCUGCGAUUUACCAACGGAAAACUAAAUAGUGAAGUAGAAUUUUUUUUAA